UGGGGGUGCAGUAGCACCAAGGAGCCUGCAGGGGAGGCUCGGAAGGGAGGCUGCGGGCAGUUCUCGCCGUCCUCCUGGCCAGACCGGCAAUUGCGGUUAAAACCUGCAGCUCUCCCCGCCUCCCUAGGCUCUCUCUUUCCCGGCCGGCUUUCUGUCCCCUCUCUCUCGCCGUACCGGCCGCUUUGUGUCAAUUUCCUGGCUUCUGUUACUUUGUGUCAAUGGGGAGCUGAGCCGGAGAAGAGGAUGAGCAGGUGGUCCAGGUGGCUGCAGCUUCCCUAGUGCGGCGAGGCGAGCGAAGGGAGGGAGAGGCGGACCAGCAGGAAGAGGUGGAGGAAAAAGGUGGGGGGCGCUCAGCCUGCUCGCCUUUGUUUCCGAACCCCUGCCCGGGGCUGCUCUCCAGCCCCAGCUGCCCGCUCCUACACCCUCCGCGAGCCGGACUGGGCCGCUCUCCGGCAUUCCCACCGUGAGCACGGCCCCGGCCGAGGCAGAAGCAGGAGCCGCCGGGGAGAGGAGGCAGCACUUCCAACAUGGCUGAAAUCAGCAUCGACCAGUCCAAGCUUCCAGGAGUAAAAGAAGUGUGCCGGGACUUUGCCGUGUUAGAGGACCAUACGCUGGCACACAAUCUCCAGGAGCAAGAAAUUGAACACCACUUGGCAUCCAACGUGCAGCGAAACCGCCUGGUUCAGUACGAUCUUCAGGUGGCCAAGCAGCUGCAGGAAGAGGAGGACCUGAAGGCCCGUGCUCACAUCCAGAAACGCUACAAAGACAUAGAGCAGCAGGACUGUGAAAUCGCUCAGGAAAUCCAAGUGAAGCUGGUCAUUGAGGCGGAACGCAGGCGCCGUCAGGAGGAGAAGGAUGAGGACAUUGCUCGCCUGUUGCAAGAGAGGGAGUUACAAGAGGAGAAAAGGCGAAAGAAGCGCUCCUCAGAGCACCCGGGGCCCAACACUUAUGAUGACAGUUACUACCUGACCAAUGGAGAUCCUCCAAGGUCAAGGAGGAACAGAAAGCUGGGUUCUGAGUCCCCAAGGUCUCGAAGGCACCAAGAAGAUAGGCCUGUGAGGAGGAGGAGGGAGAGACCUAACAGGCCUUCAGAAGAUGUGGAAGAAUGCCAGGACCACUACAGCAUGGAGAAUUCUGGGUCACCACUCAGGCUUAGCAAGACAAGGGAUGAUCCCCAGACUAGCUGGGAACCCCAGGAAAGGAAGUCCCCUGGUCAUGAGAGACUCCCAAGAUCUCCCGUUCCCAAGAUCAGUGGGGAGGUUUUACUGAGCACUGAGAAUGAUUGGGACUGCAACCUUGGCCAUGGUUCUGUGAGGCAUUCCGACAGCCCUCGAUCCUACCACCAAGACCGACUCUCACCCAAGUGCUCCCAGAAGCCAGGGUCUCAUAGGAAAGAAGAAAGGCAUAAGAGAGACCACGGGAUGGGGGAUUCAAGAGAUAAGAGGGAAGGUCACAGGACGAGGACACCUCUCUCCUCCCAGAGUGAGGAAAGGCACUAUUUCAAUGAAACAGGAAUGAAGCCAAGGGGGACAAAAGAAGCCAUCUAUACACAGCCAAGAAUGGCCCACAGGGAGCAGGAAUUGUACGAUGCAGAAAUUGCCAGGAAGCUUCAGGAAGAAGAACUCAUGGCUAAUCAGGUGGACAAGAGGGCAGCCCAAGUGGCACAGGAUGAGGAGAUUGCCCGGAUGCUCAUGGCUGAAGAGAAGAAAGCCUACAAGAAGGCAAAGGAAAGGGAGAAGUCCUCCUUGGAAAAGAGGAAGCAGGAUCCAGACUGGAAGUCCAAAGCAUCAGAACCAGCAAGGCCCAAGUCAAGAGAGGCCCAUGAAGCAACCUGGUCGAAGAGUGAAAAGCCAGCUCGGCCGCCACCUCCCGCCAUGAUGGAUGUUGAGGACCCAGACUACACACAUUUCACAAACCAGCAUAGUUCCACACGUCCAUUUUCCAAACCUGAGUCAUCUCAUAAAGGUCACCGUUCCAAGCAGUAAAGAUGAAGAACCAGCCUUGGAUCGGACUCCCUAGUAGUCGAAGUUACUGGAUUCGAUCUGAUGCCUUCCUCAUUUGGUUCUGUUUGGUUUUUCCUCCAAAGUUUGCGUCACCAGAACUGUGUCCUCUCAGUCCCCCUCUGGCCAUUCAAAGUAUUUGUUUCUUUUCAAAGGUUCUAAUUCCUCCAGCUUACUUGGGCAGUAUAAUAAUCUCUAGAGCUGGGCUGUUCCUCAGUGUAGCCACUCCUUGGGGUGAGGAGUUUAUUUCAGAGAUCUUUGAAGUCCUAUUUUGGUCCAAGGGAAGAGUUUGCUUUGGUACCCCCUGAUUUUUAUUGAAGGAGGCCUUGGCUGCAACCACAUAGAACAAACUCCUGGAAGAAAUCAUUUCAGUUAUUUGUGCACUAGGUGAUGUUGUGAGAGAUGGUGUUUACUCUGCUCUGCAAGAAACUACAUCUCCUUCAUGAAGUGUAGAACAAGCCAAAAAAGCAUGACAUCCAAAGGGACAAAGGGGCAUAUGACCUAGCCCAAUGGGAAUCUUUCCUCUUGAAUAGCAGAAAGCAGAGAGAUUCAUGUUACAUAUAUAAACCCCAGUUCCAACCCAAUAGGAAAAGUGCCACAGAGCUCUGGCCCCAGCCUCGGCCCCCCAUCACUUCCUAAGGAAUGGGGCUUGGUGUGUUUUCUGUGGGCAGAGCUCAAACCACUUGGAGCGAUAGCCCUUGGCACAAAAGUACACCCGCAAUAUUUUGGCCCAUGUUGCACAGAAGAAAUGAAAAGGUCAACAUAUCUCAUCUGGUAAAAUGUUUGUUGUUUUCUAAUAAAGCCACGUGUGGCAAAUCAGAAAGAGGAGAGCAGGGUCAAAAGUCCAUAAACCCCAGAGAUGCUUUUUCUGUUUCUUUCUCCUCUGGAACCCACUUAAGUAAUUUGAUGAAAGUGUCCAUGCGUUCUCUGACCUCAGAAUGCAAUCUUCCUUGGCUGGUGAGAAGUACCUGUAUCUUUGUAGCCCUCCUCAUUGUGUCUUUGACGUGCUGGCAUGGUGGCUACUUUUCACGUGGGCUCAAAGAUGAUAAAAAUCAACCUGACCCUCCCACUCAUGCUGGUUUCUAAGUCUUGGCGAUACCCAAGUAAAUAUUCUGGAUGAAAUAAAUACUCGGAAACAGUCUUCUUGGGAUACUUAGUGCUCAGAAAACAGGAAUUAAUUGAUGCUCUAGAGAAAGCAAAUCUUCCAGCCUUGAUACGGCCCUUGUGGAGGCUCUUACCUUCCUUCCAUGCUUGUUUAAUGGAAAUAGAUAAUAGCCAACGGUAGUUGCCUCUCGAUCCUAGUUGUUUAGGCUUUUCCUUUGGUGGUAUGCACCCUGCAUGUUGUCAAGUGCUCUCCAGACAGACAAGAGAAGUUCUCGGAUGAAAGAUAAUUUGGCAGCCACGCUAAUUUGCUGCUUUCUCCCCCUAGUCAGAGCACGCUUUCUGAAAACAGACUAAAGGAAGCUCUCAUUCUUUGUGAAGGCCAUGAGUAUCAAUAAGUCCAGAGUUUGAGGAUGAGUUGGUGCUGGGUAGACAGGGAGUAGAGCUUAUACUGAAGGCAUAAGGGGUAGUUACUUACAAAAUGUGGGGAAAGUUGAGGUCUCUGGAGAUGGCAUCAGUGCAUAAGGAGAAAAAGGAUUGGAGGGCAGACAGGAAAAUGGAACCUCUCAAUUUGUGAGCUCCAUGCAGUGAGGCCACCGAUACUUGACACUGUUCAGCUCCAGUAAUCUAGAUAUUAUUUUACGUGCCCAGUGGUUUGUGUGCCAUGUUCUGGCAGCAGCCAAUCAUGGUGAUUUUAAAGGAAUAAAACAUACAGCAUGUUUUUUUUUUUAAAUUUAUAAUUUGGCAAAUAAUAUCAUCUGCAUUUUAAAAUUUUAUAAAUGUUUAUUUUUAUAUCUUAUGGAACAGUCACAAUUUUCCUAUUUCUCUGGCCAUCCUCAUGUUUCCUCCCUUUGUCUUUAGCGUCAGCCGGGGAUGCUUCUGUCAUGAAGCCCGCGACAUCUCGGCCACCUCCCUGGAUUCUGCCCAUUCUGGCUCUUUUGUUGGCAUUGGGUUUAGGCCCAGAGUAAAGGUUUCACUGUGAUGACUGGCCAAUUUAGCAUCUCUUUAGAACAAUGUAAAACGUCUGGGCUUUGAAAAAAGAGGAGUUUAAACACCCGUUAGCCUCUUUGCCUGUUAUAUGUGUUUUUAGAAGAGGGGUUUUUCCAUUUUUCUUUCCAAAAAAUGGAUUAAAUACUUCAGUGCAUCCGGUUUGAUCCCACCCUGCUUCCCCUGAAGUCUAGAGCUCUUUGCAAUGUUAAGAAGUAUCAAAAACCUCAGUGCUCUGCUCCAAACCCAGGGCAGUGAGUGAGUCAAUUGGCCUGUUGCUUUAAAGUAUUUUAUAACGAGAUAGCAAGUACUCCUUUUGCUCCUCUGCCCAUCCCUGGGCCAUGUGCAAGGUGACCUUCAGACGCAAAUUAAUUUAUGCUUUAAUUCUAUGGUUCAAAUGAAGUGCUUCAAACUGCACAGCCCGUCAGUUUUUGUAGCCUAGUCGCAGGAGGCUGGACUAUUGCAUGCCCUUGAUUUCAUUUCUUUGCAGUUCAGGGGCUUGGCUUGCUGGUUCCCCCCAAAUUUAAGCGUGGGGUUGGGGCUUACAGCAAAGCCACUGGAUGCCCUGCUGACAUUCUUCCAGUCAUUCAGAGUCAAUGAUCUUAGGCCACUUUCAACUAGCUAGGGGGAUGGUCUCCUGGACAGAAAGGCGGGGAGUUCACCAGACAUUUAGGUUUCCAACGAAAACAUAAGAUCCUUCUAGAAGCAUUUGCUCCCUGUUCUGGGGUGAAAAAAAUUGAUGCCAAAGCUAUGGAAGGAAAUUAGAAAUUUUAGACUUUGAACUUAGAGGUUCCUUUCUCUUGGGUGCGUGUUUGCUAUUCCGCAAAGACUGGUUUCCCAUGGAGAAGGAAGGGCCCCCAAGAUAGCCCACUUGGAGCUCCCUUUCCCGGAUCACGGUUGCUAUGUUGGCCCGGCAUCAGGUGUGACAUCUCUGUGGCAGCAGAGAAAACCCCACAGUGCUUCUGAUACCUGCUUACCUUCCCACAUUUUCGUCAUUUGCCAGUUUGGGGUGUCUCACCCGAAACCAACACCACCCGUCUUGGUCUUUGUUUUUCCGUUUGUUUGUUUUUGUUUUCUUUGUACUCUCAGAAGACCUCCUGCACACUGAAUCCUGUGCCAAAUGUUUUCUUUCAGAGCCUGCUGUCGUCAUGGGGGGAUUCUACUUUCUCUGUGUAUGUUUUAUUUUCUCUUCGGGGGCUUGAUUUUUGUUGUUGCCUCUGGGUCUGCUGGCUUUGGGAUGGCUAUUCAUGUUUUCAGUGCUAAUUUAUAAAAAGGGAAAUCUACUAGUCACAGCUAUGUCCAGCCCCCAUUGUACUGGAGUGAAACCCCACCGUACAGGGGCCUUUUAAUAUUUUGUUUUCUUUUUUCUUUUUUGAAAACUGAGAAACAAAGCCCGAUAAAGUCCAAGAUGGAAAUGGGUCAAUUGUGGGCAGCAAACAUACGAGCAAAGUGAAAGUAGGAUGGUUGAGUUUCCCUGGAUACUGCUCUUUCGUCUUAAUGCCUUUUUUAUUCACACACAUACAACUAACUGGCAUCCCUACAAAAGGAGCAAACCCAUUUAGGACCAGAUGACAUUUACUUAUUUAUUUUGUCUACUUACAGUCAGAAAAGCGACUAUGGAAAGUGAUUUCCCUUUCCUGCGUCUCCAGUGGUGCCUGCAGGUCAUGAAGCCAUAUUUGCUUCCCUUUUAUUGACACCAGCAUAUCUUUCUUCCUCUGGGCCCUAUGCCAAAGGGGAGCUUGAUGGGGCCCUGUCCUGUUAAUGCUGCAAUGAGCAGAGUGUCAGCUAAAUUCCUCUUCUUUCUGGUGUAAUGAGAGACUGUUAGAGAUAUGGAGAAAUAUUCAAAUCUAAGGCGCUCCUUGGUGCUGCCAAUCAAAUCUAUUCAUCAGAAAUGAUCCAACAGGGGUCUAGAGAAAUCAACCAGGGAAGAGGAAACCAGGACACUCUUCAAAAGAGUCACUUUUCUGAUGAAAGUUGGACUUUAAGACAAAAAAAGAGCAGUGUCUCUGAAGAGCAGUAUUGCCUUAAAUUCGUUUGACUUCUCAGUCAAACACAUCUGACUUAACUGUGAGCCCCAGCCAGCUCUCUAGUAUUUUUGCUCAGGGAGGGCGGGGGCAGCCCCUCCAUUACAUAGGACAUCUUCCUCCUGGGAGUUGCAAGCAUGUUGCAAAGUGUACUGUUGUGUAAUUCAUCCCUAUGUGUUUCAUUUCUUUGAUCUUUUGAAUUAAUUAUUCAAUGAACAAAUACCUUUUGGAGGAAGAAAUUCAAUGCCAUUGUAUACACAGUUAUGAAGGGGCUAAUAGGUAGCAGUCGUUAUUCUUGGCACUGAGGAUACAAACAUAAAAGUGAAACAGUCCCUGCCCUCAAAGAGCUUAUGUUCUACUGAGGAGCAACAUGUACACAGUAAGAAAAUAUAAACUGAAUGAAUGUAGUGAUACCUUCAAGAGGUAGAAAUGUUCAGUGACCUGAGUCUCUCGCAUUUCAGAUAAUCAGUUUCAGAAUGAUUGAGUUUCGAUAGCACCCAUUAAGGCAUCUCUUUAAGUUCUUUGUUCUCUUUUUGGUGACUUCUUACUCACCUUAGGGAGGUAGGAAUGAAUGAACUCAUUUUAUUUCAAGUGGAAGAAUUAUGAAUAUAAAGAAGACCCCCACCAUUAUUCCUCAUAGGCAAAAAUUGGCCAAAUUUUUUUCUCAGAUGGAGUGAACCCAAGUUUGUUUUGAAAGUUCUAUCAGUGCCACACCAAAAAAAAAAA